AUGGCGGCCUUCAAACACUCGCAGACUCCGUCCGCUGUGGAUUCCUUCGCUCCUCACAAUCCUCGAGCCGAUCACGCGCCCUCUCAUCUCACCCACGACCCUCAGCGCGACAGGCACCUCUCGAACGGAGACGACAUGCAAGAAGGAAAUCGUUUUCAACUCGACUUUACCCACAAUCCCGUCCCAAUGCCGGUCAACGGCCACGGUCCUGGUUCUGUGCAGAUGCCCAGCGGCCCCACUUCUCAAGUACCACCACCAGGCGCACGGCACAGAAGCGGAUUGAGCAUGGGAUCCUAUGAUAUCUCAAAGAGUCCUCCAAAUCCAAAGAGCACUUCACAUGUUCCCUGCAAGUUUUUCAGGAUCGGUGGAUGUCAGGCGGGGAAGGCCUGCCCGUUCUCACACGCCUUGGACAAUACCACUGAUGAGGUCUGCAAGUACUUUCAAAAGGUCUGUUAUCGCCAGAAGUGGAACUGGUUCGGAAGCGCUGACACUAUCAAGGGAAAUUGCAAGUUCGGCCACAAAUGCGCCUUGGCUCACGUUCUUCCUAAUGGACGGCGGGUGAACAGACCUAACCCAGCAGCGAGAGGGAGUAUGGAUCUCAGUGGGAGGAUUGACCCUCAACUAUACUCGCAGCCGGAACCAGUGCCUCCACAGUCUCUUCUCACAUCGCAUGUCAACGGUCCGUUUUCUCAACAAAUUCCCCCAUUCUCAGAGCACGACCGAUCAAUGCAAAUCCCACAGCCUCGGCCCUAUGGUAUCCCUUCGAUAGACACCGAUCCUGCAUCUCCUCAGUAUGGAUCUCCUAUAGAAGGCUCACGUCUAGCGUAUUCUCAGUCUAAUCAUCUAAACGUCCUCGAUGCUCCGCUCCCGGCCUCAUUCGACAGUCAAGGUGUCUCUUACAUCGCGAGACAUGGCCCUGUAGCGGCUUCCGUUCCUUCCAAGUUCGGUCUUGAGUUUUCUUCGCCUCCCUCUUCUACUAACCGUCACGCUUUCGCUCCAUCAGAUAACCUGCAGUCCGCUUUUGCUACGCACCGUAACCCGCGUACGCGAGGUCCGGAACUUGGUUCAUCACCUUUCACAUCAGGCGAUGAAGGUCCGCCACCUCGUACAAUGCAUUCUCAGCGCAUUGCAAAGCCUAAUAUGCUUUCGGCAAGUUUACCGAAAGCCGGCAUGCGUACGGAUGACUGGGAUGAGGGGUUCAAUUUCAGCGAUGGCGAAGAGACCGACUACAUCCCGUCAAGCUUACAUGAUCAGAUACUAACGCCCCAGGAGAAGUUACGCCGCUCAUCAAGAAACGACAGAGACAACAAGAGCGUUCGAGAAUCGCUAAGCGGACUUGCGAGUCCAGGUGAUUCAUCGAGCAUUGUUGGGUCGCCUAACGCAGGAAGCCCUUCGCGUUACGGCAACGUGUUUGUUCGCCGGCAGCCGGAAACAAACAGCAGCAUGGGGAGCAUGGGGAGCUCUCCAUCUCAGUUUGGUCCUGUUGGUUCGCCUCUACGUAGUCUUCAUCCGUCUGCAAGUCCCUCGAUGCGCGCCACCAAAGAUGCUGGCGAUGUUCCAACGACCUUUCCUGCCUUCGCAAGUCCACCCCGGCACUCUUCAAUGUCUAUAUUAUCCCAGCAACUCGGUCGGACACGACUCUCCUCAAAAGCCUCUGAUUCGGGUGACAAGUCUGGCAACCUACAUCCCAACUCUGCGCGCCACUCGUCUGCCCCUACGACUGGCUUUGGCCGCUCAAUCCCAUCUUCGGCACAGAAAGACAGAAUUGACGAAGAAGUGGGCGAAGGAGUGUUCUCGAUGGAGGAAGAGGAGUACGAUCGGUCACGACUACUGAACGGAUCUAACAACAAUGCAUGGGGGACGAUCGGCUCUAGACCAAGCGGCGGAUGGAAUUGA